AUGUCCCUGGCAGGCUUUCGCACAUUGGGACGAAAAAUCGUAUGCGUGGGCAGGAAUUACAAAGAUCACGCUAUAGAACUCGGCAAUCCCAUCCCGACGAAGCCAUUGCUUUUUGUAAAGUCGCCAAAUGCUUAUCUGCAAGAAGGUCAUCCAAUUAUCACUCCUCCGGGUUGUGAGAAUCUUCAUCAAGAAGUAGAACUUGGAGUUGUAAUUGGGAAAACUGCUAAGAAUGUACCGAGAAGUGAAGCGAUGUCCUAUGUUGGUGGUUACGCUGUUGCUCUGGACAUGACUGCUAGGGAUUUCCAGGAUGAGGCUAAAAAAGCUGGAGGUCCAUGGUAUCUUGCGAAAUCAUUCGACACAUCGUGCCCUGUAUCCAGUUUUAUUCCAAAGGAAGAGAUCGAGGAUCCUCAUGCUGAGGAAUUGUUCUGUCGCAUCAAUGGGGUGGAGAAGCAGAGAUCUCGCACAGACAUGAUGAUUUUCGAUAUACCGACGUUGAUAGAAUACGCUACACGAUUUGUGACGAUGGACGAAGGAGAUUUGCUCUUGACAGGAACACCUGCUGGUGUCUGCCGAGUGCUUCCUGGGGACACCAUCGAAUUUGGUCUCGAAGGUCGGAUCACCACCAAAUUUGUUGUACAAUGA